AUGACAAAUAACAUUAAUGCAAGUAACGGGUCUCAGCAGCAGGUGCAAGGCAUGCAAGGCAUGCAACAUCACCAACAGCAGCAGCAAAGACAGGGCCAACAACAACAGCAGCAGCCUCGGCCGCAACAAACACCUAAUUUGCAGAAUAUACCUCCGCAGCAACUAGCACAGCUAGUUCAGGCCAUGAAGAAUGACUUUGAGAUUGCCAAAACGGCAACCGAUGAUCAGGUUAAGCAACAUCAUCUCAGUAGAGCCGAAAAUAUAAGAAGGCUUCUUGCCCGAUACCAAGCUCAAAAGCAACAGGCACAGCAGCAGGCACAGCAACGAGCUGCCCAGGCUCAACAGAACCAACAUCCACACGUCACCCAUCCAAAUCAACAGUACCCCACCGAUCAGCAAGCUAUGCAGAACCAAAACUACCCAAAACCCUUGUCGCAACAAAACUUGCAUAGCAACAACGCUUUAAACACGGUCAAUGACAUGUCCAAAAACAACCAGGGCACGCCCAUGAUGCACCAGUCUCCCAAUCCUAUGCUUCAGUCCCCUGCCACCACUGGAAUCAACAAUAUUCCCUCGGCCACGCCGAUGAACAACAACCAGCAGAUUCCCCAGCAUCUACAAAACUCUCAACUUCCCCAGAGCGCCAUGAAUCAAUCGUCGAAACCGUCUCAAACCAAGCAGCAAUUGGAUGAACAAGCGAGACAAAAGCUUCAACAGCAACUGCAACUACAAAGUCAAAUCCAGAACCAGAACCAGAACCAAAACAGUCUGAAUCAGUAUAAUAACUUACUAAGAAGCAUGAGCUCGAGCACUUCGAGUGGCGCCGGUAGUGGCACGGCGAAUGGGGUUAAUAUCUCGUCAAACACAAUAUCCAUGGAAAAGUUUAACCAAAUAAGACAAAAACUCACCGAAGUGCAGAGGAAGAUUCAAUUGUUGGAGCAGAGUAAGAAGGCGGGCAAUGCUACUCAGGAACAGAUUUCAAUCAUAGAUCGAGAAUUGGUGGAGUAUAAGACAAAGUUUCAGCAGUUUCAGAAAAUUGGUAUUUAUAUGAGAAACCAAUUGGUUCAGCAGGCCAAGCAACAACAACAACAACAACAACAACAACAACAACAACAACAACAACAACAACAACAACAACAACAACAACAACAACAACAACAACAACAGGGGCAUCAACAACAGGGACACCAACAACAGGGGCAUCAACAGGGAAAUCAACAGGGACAGCAGGGCGCAAGGAACGUGCAGAACCAAAAAACGCACAUGGCUCAGCUGCUGCUGCUGCUGCUGAAUCAGCACAUGCAGUUACAACAUCAACAACAGAAUCAGCACCAUGAUCUACCACAGCUGCAAGUACCCUUCCAGCCUCAACAGCUGCAGCAGCUGCAGCAGAAUCAAUUCCAAGGCCAUCAACCACCACAUUUACAACAACAACAAACCCACGGUCAACCUUCACCUCACUUGGCCAUGGGACAAACUCCAAACGGUCAGCAGUUUUCUCCGCAGAUGCAGCUGCAGCAGAAGCCCCAACAACUUCAACAGCAAUUCCAGCAACAGCAACAGCAACAGCAACAGCAACAGCAACAGCAACAGCAACAGCAACAGCAACAGCAACAGCAACAGCAACAACAACAAAGGCAACAGAUGAUGGCGCAACAACAGCAGAAACAAGCGGCUCAAGCGGCUCAGGCACAAGCGCAGCAAAUGAUGCAGGGCCAGGUCCCAUUCCAAGAUCCCUCGUUGGCAUCAGCAAGACAAACGCCUCAAAUGCCCGUGAAGCCCAUUUCUCAAACCGUUCAGUCUGCUUAUCCCGGGUCUCAGCCAACACCAGCGCCUAGGCCUCCGCUGGCGGCGCAAAUUCAUUCAAGAGCACCAAGUCGACAAGCCUCACAAACUCCGCUUCAACAACAACAACAACUACAACAACAACAACAACCGGUGACUAGUCGGCAGGUCUCGGCAUCGAAUUCGGAGAAGCUCCGAUCUGGUGGAGGACCACCUCCGUCUAACGCGUCGACUGCUGGAACACCCAAUGCCGGAGGUGCAACUAGGGCUGGGUCUCCUGGAACCGAGUCGCGGUCGACUCCGCAACGAUCGAAAUCAGCCAUGGCGUUGAAUCUUGCCGGGAUAACCAAGCCCAGUGUACCGUCGAUACCGAUAUCGACCUCGGUCGACAUCAAGCCUCCCACGAUAGUGCCUUUCAACCCUGCAGUGGACACGCGGCCCACGAUGACUGGAGGCGCGGCCAAUUCAUUGAGUAUAUUGUUGGAUACCCCUGCCAUCACCAAAUUGCCCGAGUUUGAUUUCGAAGGCGGCACUUCAACAAUCGAUAAUGGGCGGGUGUUGAACAAGCGGAAGUUGCAAGACAUUAUAAGCACGGUGGGUGUAGAUGAAGGAGACGGCAAGACUACCAUUGAUGGCAAUGUCGAAGAGGUGUUGUUGGAUUUAGCUGAUGAGUUUAUUUAUUCCGUUACUAGCUUUGCUUGCCGGUUGGCCAAGCAUCGGAAAGUCGAUAGCAUCGACGCCAAGGAUGUCCAGUUGCAUUUGGAGAAGAAUUGGAACAUCAAGAUCCCCGGUUACGCCAUGGAUGAGAUCCGCAGCACGAGGAAAAUCCAGCCUAGCACCAGCUAUAACCAGAAAGUGCAAGGUGUCGAGGUUUCUAAAGCUGUUAGUGAUGAUAUGUGA